AUGGCCAUGGUUAUCUUCACCCUCCUCCUCCUGCUUCUCCUCCCCUUCGUUGCUGCCCAAUGGCCAGUGUGCGGCAAUAGCGGCAACUACACAUCAAACAGCACCUACCUAGCCAACCUCGGUCUCCUCUCGGCCACCCUCCCCAAGAAGGCUGUGUCUGAAGCCACCCAGCUCUUCGCCACCGACACCGUAGGCCAUGCUCCGGACAUGGUCUUCGCCCUCACGCUCUGCUACGGGAACACCACCGCCGAAGUCUGCGAGGGCUGUGUUGUUACCGCCUUCCAGGACGGGCAGCAGCUCUGCGCGCACAAUAAGGACGCCACCUUGUACUACGAUGAAUGCAUGCUCAGGUACUCCAACCAGAAUUUUCUCAGCAACACUGCCGGCGAUCAGAAAUGGGCCAUGCUCAGCAACUCUCAGAACUUCCCGACAAGCGCCUACUCCUUCAGGCUCUUCUUGUUCACACUUCUGAAUAGCACGGGCCAGUCGGCCGCCAACAGCUCGACGAGGUUCAUGACCUCGCGCUUAGAUGUCAGCUCCUUCCCGACGUUGUACAGCCUUAUGGAGUGCACGCCCCACCUGACCGCCGAGAACUGCACGGCCUGUUUUCAGGUCGUGUCACAGCUGACGUUCCAGUACCUCGAUGGACCGCGAGGUGGUCGAGUCCUUGGGACAUGGUGUAACAUGAGGUACGAGAUUUACCCAUUCUUCCGAGGAGAACCUGUGCUGCGUAUCAUCAACUUGGCCCCUGAAGUUCCGGCGAUCAACAACACUACAGCAGAGUCUACGCCAGUUGCCAUGUUUGGCUCGCUGUCAGUGCCACCACCUGCGGCGCCACCUCCAGACCCGUUGGUGCAAACGACUGUCGAGCAGCACGGACGCAAAUCAAAAAAGAGGGUGCUGUGGAUUAUUGCAGUGGCUGGUCCAUUACUGUCAAUACUUAUGUGCUCUAUCUGUUCCAUCCUGUGGUUGAGAAGAAGGCGAAAAGGGAGGGUAAACUUACCGGAACAAUCUUUCACGAAUAGGCCGGAAGAAGACAAACUGGUUUGGAGAUUGGAAGAUAAUAGUUCAGAGUUCACUCUUUUUGACUUCUAUGAGAUAUUGCAGGCUACACAAAACUUCUCCAAGGAAAACAUGCUUGGGCGAGGUGGUUUUGGCCCCGUCUACAAGGGCCAAUUACCAUGUGGAAUGGAGAUUGCAGUUAAAAGGCUUGCCUCACAUUCAGGACAAGGUUUCACUGAAUUCAAAAAUGAAGUUGAACUUAUUGCAAAACUACAACACAAUAAUCUGGUCAAGCUGAUGGGAUGUUGCAUUCAGGGAGAGGAAAAACUUUUGGUGUACGAAUAUUUGCGAAAUAAAAGCUUGGACUUCUUUAUAUUUGAUAAAAACAGAACAGCUUUGGUUGAUUGGACUAAAAGACGUGUGAUAAUUGAAGGGAUAGCCCAAGGUCUUCUGUAUCUCCACAAGCACUCUCGGCUGCGCAUUAUACACAGAGACCUUAAGGCCAGCAACAUUCUGUUGGACCAGGAUAUGAAUCCUAAAAUUUCUGAUUUUGGCCUAGCAAAAAUUUUCAGCUCUAAUGAUACUCAAGGAAGCACAAAGAGGGUAGUGGGAACAUACGGUUAUAUGUCUCCGGAGUAUGCAUCUGAAGGCAUUUACUCAAUCAAAUCUGACGUGUUCAGCUUCGGUGUGUUACUUCUUGAGAUCCUUAGUGGAAAAAGGAAUUCUGGUUUUCAUCAAUAUGGAGACUUCCUUAACCUCCUUGGAUACUCAUGGCAGGUCUGGGAAGGAGGAAGCUGGCUUGAGCUUAUAGAAUCAUCAAUUGCCAAUGAGAUCCAUACAUCAGAGGCUAGGAGGUACAUUAACAUCGCACUAAUGUGCGUCCAAGAGAGUGCAGAUGAUCGACCAACCAUGUCAGACGUCGUUUCAAUGUUAAACAGCGAGAGUGUUACUCUUCCAGAGCCUAAUACCCCUGCGUUCUUUAACCUAAGGGUAUCAAAGGUACACGAAUCAUUUAGUGUGGUUGUUCCAUGCAGUUUUAAUGAUGUAACCAUCACUGCGGAGCAAGAUGGCAGAUAG